CUGCGAAACCACCAGCCCUGGAGGCAGGGGUUAUAGUGCAUUGCUUGUUAAGAUUUAUAUAGAGAUAUAUAGCUGAAUGCAAUAAGCGCUGAAGUGUGAGGGGAGAUGCCAGGAGUGUUGACGGCAGUGAGCAUUUAGAGACUGCCAGGAAGAGCAUGAGAUGGAAUUAAGAUGGCUUCCCCAACGUUGUCUUGGUGUCCCAUCAUUGAGAGCUUGAAGGACGGUAGAUUAGGUUCUCCAGUUUGUCCCAAGUGGAAGGGUCUCCUAAAACAUUUGAACAUUUCAGUGCCCUUCAGUCCUUCCUUUGGAACUUUUAAAUGGAGAAAGAGAAUUAGAGAAGAAACCCCCUCCCUGUGAAGUAGAAGGUGAAAUGCUUCUUUUUUCUUAGGGAAGCUAUAUACCUCCCUCAGCCUCCCACAACCUAAGAACACUGCCAUCAUAUUAGUGGCUCAAACCCAAAGCCCAAGAUCCACUUCCUUCACUCUUGACAUCCUAUCCACAUGCCAUUCUUGUCCAGUAUUGUAAAAAUUAUUCUGAGUUCAUUUCCUGACCACCACCCUCACUCAGGCCUCUGUGGUUUUUCUCUUGGAUUUGUAAUUACCUCCAAAUGGUCUUUCCUACGGUUUUGCACAAAACGAUCGUGUUUUGAGCACUUAAGAUAAAAUAGCCACGUGUCUUAACUUGAUUUUGAGGCCUCUUUACAGUCUGUCUUCCUGGCUUCAGUCAGUCAUGGGUACACCACACUCUAGAUACACUCAACUGGACAUUUCUGUUUCUCAGAGCAAGGCAGGGUUCCAUAGUUUCUUUUGAGUUUUGAGACAAGGUCUUGCUGUGUAGCCCAGGCUGACUUUGAACUUAAGCUUUAUAUAUCCUGACUCACAGUUCUCCUGCGUCAACCUUCCAAGUGCAGGCAUGCAUUCUUCUGUUUUUUACAGUCUUGUACUAUGUCCUUUGCCUCUGCCCAAAGACAGCUGUAAUGCCAUUUUUCAGGUCUUAGCUCACUGCUGCUUCCUCAGUGGGGUUUCCCCUGGCAUGCAUACUGUUCCCCCAUUCCUCCCGUGCAUGCAUUUACAGCACCCAGUUCUAUACGUUCAUAAUACUGAAUAUCAGCUGGGUUUACUGUUUGUUUUCAUUACGCUAUGCACCCUUUUCUUUUUGAUCUGAGCCAAAGUAUUGAGACUAAGCAUCUGCGUGACUCUUAGCUUUGACUCCAGUUCUGUCCUCCCUAGCUGUGUAAAUUAUUUUCCCUUUCAUGCUCUCCAUCUUUUGUGCAAAGUCACUUCCCUGAAGACAAGAUUCUACUAUAGCCUCGUCUGUGCAAUCUAACAGACAACAAGAGGAAAGACCCAGGUCCCAACAGAGGAACACGGCAGAGCCGGAGGUCCUUCAGUGCCUGGACUGAGCUGAUGCCAGAGUGCUGACUCUUAGUCAGUCAGCAAACCUAGGAAGGCUGUUCCUGUCGCAUUCACAGAAGCUGACAGGUGGAUCCUGCUACACCACACCCACAGCAAUUCAUUUAUUAAAACAAAAAACAAAAAACAAAAAAACCUGCUUCCUCAAUCCUGUGUAGAUAUCGGAGUUUAGUAUUUAAAUUGAAGCUAUGAAGUCUAAGACCAACUGUGCUCAGAAUUCAAACUGCAGCAUAAUGAUAUUUCGUCCAACCAAAGAAGAGUUUAAUGAUUUUGACAAGUACAUUGCCUACAUGGAGUCCCAAGGGGCACACCGAGCUGGACUGGCCAAGGUCAUCCCACCCAAGGAGUGGAGAGCCAGGCAAUCUUAUGACAAUAUCAGCAACAUCUUAAUAGCCACUCCCCUGCAGCAAGUGGUGUCUGGCCAGGCAGGUGUGUUCACUCAAUUCCAUAAGAAGAAGAAAGCCAUGACGGUGGGACAAUACCGUCACCUGGCCAACAGUAAAAAAUACAGGACCCCACCACACCUGAAUUUUGAAGAUUUGGAGAGAAAAUACUGGAAAAGUCGAUUCUUUGGGUCACCGAUCUAUGGUGCAGAUGUCAACGGCUCCCUGUUUGAUGAGAACACUCAGUAUUGGAACGUGGCACAGCUGGGGAGCAUUUUGGACCUCUUGAAGCAGGAAUGCGGCAUUGUGAUUGAGGGUGUCAACACGCCCUACCUGUACUUUGGCAUGUGGAAGACCACCUUCGCAUGGCACACCGAGGACAUGGACCUGUACAGCAUCAACUACCUGCACUUUGGGCAGCCCAAGACGUGGUAUGCGGUGCCCCCCGAGCAUGGCCGACGCCUGGAGCACCUGGCCAGGCAGCUGUUCCCGGGCAGUUCCCAGGGCUGCCAGGCCUUCCUGAGGCACAAGGUGGCACUCAUCUCACCCACUGUACUCAAAGAGAAUGGCAUCCCCUUUGGCCGCAUGACCCAGGAGGCUGGGGAGUUCAUGGUCACCUUUCCCUAUGGCUACCACGCUGGCUUCAACCAUGGCUUCAACUGUGCAGAGGCCAUCAAUUUUGCGACCCCGAGGUGGAUCGACUAUGGCAAGGUGGCUUCUCAGUGUAGCUGUGGGGAGGCCAGGGUGAGCUUCUCCAUGGACGCCUUUGUUCGGAUCCUGCAGCCUGAGCGAUAUGAACUGUGGAAACGUGGCCAAGAUCAGGCAGUUGUGGACCACACAGAGACUAUGGGGUCUACCAGCCAGGAGCUUACCACCUGGCGGGUGAUCCAAUCACCAAGAAAAACUCGAGGACUGAGGCAUCUCCGGUUUCGCCAGGGCUCACACUCUCUUCUGCCUAUAGCGACUGACAGUAAGAUUCCUUGCAGCUACAGGCAACCAUCAGAUGCCAAAGUUGAUGAGGUCCAGAAGCCUGAUCUGGCCCCAGCCACACCACCUACUCUGGGUCUAUCUUCCGGUCAUGACUUGUCAACUGGAAGACGUAGUCUUGGUCGUCGUCCUUGUGAACAGGGAGUUCAGGAGUCCACCAGUGAGGCUCCAGUCAAGAGGCGCCAGCCAGCAGGAGGAGCAGACACAAGUCUGAACCCAGAGUUUCCAUCCCAGUCUGUGAGUGAGGACUUGAUAGUCAACCCUGUACCUUCGAACCCUGGCCCACAGCAUCCUGUGACAGUUUCUGAAGGUGGAUUGACCUGUGACCCCUAAACAUAUGUCCUGCCUUACAGCUCAUUGCCUGCACUCAGGAAGCUAAGGUCAUUGCCUCAGAGUUUUGACUGAGUUUGCAGGACACUGGCCACGCCUGGGAGAGCUCCUUGUCAGUUCUAAGUGCUAAACUCGCAUGCACUUUCCUCUUUGCAGAACGUGGCAAGCCUUUGGAUACUGGUAACUCCCGGGCUUCCAGCUGAGGUUUGAUUGGCCGGUCAUUUUGGGUUUCAGAGAGCUAGGUGCAGCUGAGGUUGCUUAAAACUGACCUCCUAUCCUCUAGGCCAACUGUAGAGAAAGAUGAAAA